AUGAAGGCUGUUUUUAUUGAACAAGCUUGUACUUAUUCUCCAAGAGUGGUUAGAUCUCCUUUAACAAGAGUUCAUUUAACAAAAGUUGAAAAUCGUGUUAGAGAUCUUGAAAAUUUGGUUCAUGAAUUAUUACCAGAUGCUGAUGUUGAUAAAUUGUUAAGUAGACAAGUACCAAAGAGUGUUACUCCAAGAAAUCGUUCUGAAACUCAUUCUCCAAUUCAACAAUCUCCAAGACAUGAUUCUACUUUAUCAGUGGGUUCUACUGAUUCAAAUAGUUAUCAUCCAGAAGUCCCAGAAGAUGAUGUUCCAGAAGAUGCUAUCUAUGGGUUUGAUUGGGUUGAAGAAGAUGUUGAAUCUUCAGUUAAUGAUGGUAUGGCUGCUUUAAGUUUGAAUCCAUCAAAUAAAGGUUAUUUUGGUGUUGCAUCAAGUGCUGUUGUUUUAAGAGCAUUGAAAAUACCCAGAGAUGAUGAAAAUGAAGAUUCAAGUAAAAGUCCAGACUCUAGAAGUAAUUCAAGAGUUUUGGAUGUUGAUUCAACAGUAUCAUUAACUGCUAAAUAUUUGACAAAUGAAUUUGUUGAAUCAUAUUUCAAAAAUUAUCAUACUUCUUACCCAUUUAUUCAUAAAGAAACAUUUUUAGCUCAAUAUAGAGAUGAAAUUCCAACACCACCUCAUGAAAUAUGGCAAAUUUUAUUAAAUACAGUGUUAGCAUUAGGUGCUUGGUGUUUACAUGGUGAAUCUUCAAAUUUUGAUUUACAUUAUUAUCAAAAUGCUAAAUCUUAUUUAUCAUCAUAUGUUUUUGAAAGUGGUAGUAUACCAUUAUUACAAGCUUUAACAUUAUUAAGUAAUUAUACACAAAAAAGAAAUAAACCAAACACAGGUUGGAAUUAUUUAGGUCUUGCAGUAAGAAUGGCUAUGGGGUUAGGAUUAUACAAGGAAUUUUCCAAUUGGUCAUCAUCUAAAAAUCAAUUACAACUAGAAAUGAGAAGAAGAUUAUGGUGGGGCUUGUAUAUAUUUGAUGGUGGUGCUGCUAUUACAUUUGGUAGGCCAGUUAAUUUACCAAGUGAACAUAUGAUGGAUAUUGAAAAUGUAUCAAAUAUUAAUGAUAAUGAUUAUAAUUUCACAAGUUUAAAACAAGAAUUAAUUCCAGUUUCUUAUCCAACCAUUUAUUCUGGGUUGAUUGAACAAGUUAAAUUUACCCAAAUUUCAACAGAUAUUUAUAAUAGAUUAAUUUCAAAACCUUCACCUAAUGCUAAUGAAUGUUUGGCUUUGAAUAAUAAGAUUAUUGAAUUUGUUAAUCAAUUACCUGCUUUCUUUUCAGAAGAUAAUUUAACAGCUGAAAAUGCAUCAAAAAUACCAGGUGAAACUCAAACUCCAGAAUGGUUAGCAUUAACAAGAUAUAGAUUAAUUUGGAGAUAUAAAAAUCUUCAAAUUAUCUUAUUUAGAGCAUUUGUUUGGCAAAGAGUUAUUAACGCUAAAAAUCCAGAUUUUGAAGAAAUGACAAAUUCACCAGAAGGUAAAGCAUGUCGUAGAAUUUGUUUAGAAUGUGGACAUGAAACUAUUUUAUCAGUUUCAAAUUUCAUCAAUAAUCAUGAGAUUUCAGUUGUUGCAAGUUGGUAUGCUACUUUUUUCUUAUUCCAUGCUGCUUUAAUUUCAGUUGUUUGUCUAUGUUCAGAACCAACAUCAAAACAUUCUACAAGUUGGAGAAAUGAUAUCGUUCUAGCUAAAAAGGUAUUAGCAUCAUUAGCAAAAGUUAACUCUUUAGCUAAUAAAUUUAUCCUGGCUAUUGAUAAUUUAUGUGGGAAAUAUCUUGAUGAAGUUAUUGAUACUAGUGUUGAAAUACCAACAAAUGUUCCAAGUGGAUUUAAUGGGAUUACUACAGGUAAUGUUGGUCCAAGUUCAAAUUUCAUAAAAUCACCAAGUAAAGGUAUCAAAAAUGAAGAUGAAGAAAUUCCAGAUUUUGAUUUCCAAGAUCUUCCAAAUCCAAAUAAUGUUAAUGAUUUAUUGAAUUUAUUACCAUCAGAUAUUGCAAAUAUUGAAAAUGCAUCAGGUUUAAAUUUCCAUGAAUCUGGUCAAUUUGGUGAUUUAAAUCCAUCACAAAUUAAAACAGAAAAUGUUGAUGGUAACAACGGAUUUGAUCCAUUAAGUACACAAUCUAGUUCAUUAUUUUCUCAUGUCCCAAAACCUAACCAAUUAAACCAACCAUCAUCAUCAUCAACAACUGCUAAUCUUAAUAGAGAAAAUUUGGCACAAUUCCAAUCUCAACCACCAAGUCUAAAUACUACAAAUCAGAAAAAUGAAUUUGUUAAUGAUUUCUAUUCUUUAAUAUUUAAUGAUGAUCAAAAUAUGAAUAUGGAUUGGAACUUCAAAUCAUGA